CCUCCUCUCCUCCUGCCUCGCCAUGGAGAAGGGCACAGGCUCCCUGCCGGCUCCCCGCAAAGCCGCGGCUCCGCACCCCUCCUCUUCCUCUCAAGCCGCGCUUCAAAGGAGAAGCAGCAAAGGGCACCCGGGACCGGACUCAGCCGCGCCGGAGCGGGCAGCGGCGCCGUGGAACAUAGAAAGGAAAAGCCGAACCGCCCAACAAGGACUUCGGCCAACGGGAGCGGAAGGGCGCUCCACCUCCACCGCCCCUCGCCCGCCCCGGAGGAGGUGCCGCUGCCGCUGGGGCGCCCUGGGUAGUGGCGGCGGGACGGGGCCAGGGCAGCGAUGGGCCGGACGGUCGUGGAGCUCUUUUACGAUGUGAUCUCCCCUUAUUCCUGGCUGGGGUUUGAGGUGCUCUGCCGGUACCGACACAUCUGGAACAUAGAUCUGAGCUUUCGUCCAGCUUUCCUUGGUGGCAUAAUGCAAGCAACUGGUAACAAGCCCCCAGGAAUGUUGCCAAAGCGUGCAGAAUACCUGCUGAAGGAUAUAAAAAGGAUGGCAAAAUACUACCAAGUGCCUGUACAAAUUUUAGGAGAUGACUUCCAGCGUGUCCUUGGUACAGGCAGUCUUGGGGCCAUGCGCUUUAUCACAGCCAUUGAUAUGACACAACCACAAUAUGUGGAACCCUUAUCUAGGGAGUUCUGGCUACGUUUUUGGUCGCAGCAUGAAGAUAUCAGUCAGCCAGCAAAUAUAUUGGCUGCUGCCAGACAGGCUGGGCUAUCUUCAGAGCUUGCCCAGAAAACACUUGAAAUGAUUUCGUCCCCUGCAGUGAAGAACCGACUGAAAGGCACAACAGAUGAAGCAAUAAAAUAUGGGGCAUUUGGGAUGCCUGCUGUUGUGGCACAUUUUAAUGGGGAACCUCAUCUCUUUUUUGGCUGUGAUCGUUUAGAGCUGUUAGGCAGCAUUAUAGGUGAAAAAUGGCUGGGACCAGUUCCAAGCCCAAAGAUGUGAAAAGUCCUGGAGAAACAUAUAAGAAUUAAAAUAUAUAUGUACAUGGUCAAUCCUCAGUGAUUACAUGAACCUAUCCAAUUUUAUGGAGAGAUGGCUUUCUCAUCCUUAACAGCUAACUUGACAGCUGAUUUUCUUCUCUAAUUACGACGAAUUUCAGGGUUUGCCAGUAUGGCCAGUCUGGUGAGGUCUUUGCUAAUAAAAAUGUGCUUAUUUUCUUUCAAUAGCUUAAUGAUUAACAUUAAAGUUUAAAUAUUUAACUUC